CAGAUCCCUCAAUGGUGGGGUAGAACCAACGUCUGAUAAGAGGAACCCAUAUUUUAUUUAGUUAUUCUGACCAGGUUGAGUUUCUACAUCAUUUGAACCAUGGAGCUCAUAGAGCUGAUGUCCCCUCAUGUUGCAAUGCCCGUAAUCGGCGUUCUUUUCUGCGCAAUAAUGGUAUUUGCUUUUGGUUUUCGAUCGCCAGUGCAGCCUCCAAGCUUUAAUUUUGAGGAACAAGAGAAACGCAACAGCAAAAGGCGUGUCAAGCAGGUAAAGCAAGGGAAAGCUCCAUCCAAUGGCCAUGUGGUCGUGAAUGAGCCUCCUGCAGAAGCUCUGCCAUCUUCUAAAUCUGUGAAAGGUGCUUCCUCGCCCAAAGCCAAACCUGCUGAGUCAAAGUCUGCAAACAAAAAAGAUAAACAAGAGUCAAGACAAGAAAACAAGAGGGAAAGGGCUGAAAAGAAGAGGCAAUUGGCAAAGGAGGAGGCCAAGAAGGAAGAUGUUGCCCCAUUGAGGAAGGAUGCUGAAGAUGAUGGGGAGUGGACGACUAUCCAGGUGACAAAGAAGGGGAAAAAGCAGAAGGCAGCCCCCAAGAAAGAUGCCAGCCGUGCUGAUUCUGCUGGCGAGGCUGACACUGAACCAGAGGUUGUUGCAGCCCCAGUCAUCGAAGCAGCUGCUGCGGCCGCUCCUGCUGCUAGUCCAGAGGUGGAAGAGUCUGGAUCUCCCGAGGCCAGCAAGACCAAGAAGAAAAAGAAGGCUGCUGCUGCGAAGAACAAGGAUGAACCAGCAACCCCUGUUGCAAAACCAUCUGCAGAGACAAGUAGUGAAGUCACCCCGCCUGAGGAAACCGGAGAGGCAAAGAAAAAGAAGAACAAGAAGGAGAAGAAAGCGGUGGCUGCUGCUGCUGCUGGUGCCGCUGCAGCGUCGGCUUCGGAGGCCCUUCCUCAGGACGCAGCCCCAGCUUCAGGGAAAGUGGACAACAAGAAGGAGGCUAGCUCUGCCCCUGUCUCUCUCCCGGCACCCGUGGCUGAGCCGGAUGAUGGCUUUCAGGUCAAACAGAGCCCCAAGAAGAAGAAGGGAAAGGGGAAGGAGAAAGAGGCUGCCUCUGUAUCUGAAGACAAAAGACAAGGAGGAAAACCUGUUUCUGCUUCUUCUAAGACAGCUGAAAAAGCUGUAGAGCCAGCAAAGAAACAAGAAGAAAAGAAAAAGAAAGUGGACGCACCCGCAGCAGCUCCCAAGGCUGCACCUGUUGUGAGUGUUGAGCCGACCCCUGCACCAGCUGCUGCUGUUACCAAAGCACCGGCUGCUGCUGUUAGCAAAGCACCGGCUGCUGCCGGAGGAGAGCCUGCAGCCAGCGUCAGUUUUGAUGAAAUUGGAGAUUCAUGGAUAGAAGCAGCACCAAAGAGCAAGAAAAAGAAGCCAAGGAGAGACAAUUAGUCAUCUUCUCUGCAACCCUUUAAAUUGUUGUGCAUCUGAAGCAGCAUUCCUAACAGUUUCCUCAAGCAUCUCUCUUUCAUUGUAAACCUUGAACCAUGUGAUAGCUGAAACGAAAACAGCGUAAUAUCUCAUGAGCUUUCAGAAUCUAUCGGUCAACCCAAUGUUUGUCUUCAUUAUACAUACUUAUGGUCAAUAUUCUAUUUCUGAAAUUCAAUGUAACAGAUGAGCCAGCAAAGCAGGUUCAGAUAUCUCAGCUUCUCAGCCAAUCUGUCACGAAAGUAUAUAAAUAGUUUUGACUAGGUUCAAUUUCAUCGGAUGUAUUUUCAUAUUGACGCAAGAAUAUCUCAGGGCCUUAUGGUUAAAAGCACAGACUAUAUCUUUAUUGGUAGUUAACCUUGAUUUAACUUUUUCGUAUAGGCUUGAUAUCAACGGAAGGGAAGUCAUUUCAAUUCAUUUUGUCUUGAUUCUUUUACUUAUUGAUCAAGAAUACAAAUUUUAAUAAGGUGUUUUUUGAACAAACUGAAAAUUUCUCAACUUAUUAUAACUUUUUUAAGGGUGCAUUUUUAAGUGCAUAUGUCCUUUCCGCUAUGAUAGUUUUGUUGAUUGUUUUUCCGCUUUCCCGAGCAUUAAGAUCAGCUGUGAGAAUCUUGAUGUAGGUACAAAGGUUUCAUUUGCCGCUGUGGAGAAUGUACGCUCAGUGUUUUAAGAAGGGUACGAAAGAGAAGGUUUCCCUUGCAUGCUUCAUUGUAAACCAAAAUGUGUGUGAUCAGAGCGCUGCUGUGCAGGGUGUUCUCUAGUCAACUAAUGCACAGGAUCUACACAAUGUUGACAAACUGUGUCAUAUAUAUGUAUGCAAGCAUGCUGUUUGACUAUGUUUUAACCCCCCAAAAAUUGUUUAGAAAACUGAUGAAUUGGGUUGAGUGUGGGGUAAAAUUAAUGCAUUUAUUUCUCAUAUCCUCUCAGGUGUCUUGAAGUAUGCUGUUUGGUUUUCAUUGUGAAUCGCUGAUUUAAAGUUUCUUUUCGUUGCAAAGGUACAAACAUGUACUUGUGUUGUGAGAGGUUUUGGUCUCCCUCUCCGAUUGAAGAGUUUAUGUUUGAACUUUUGAGGCAAAGCAGAAUGUAGGUUCAACACCAUGAUUCUUAUAAAAUCCUUUUUCAGACAAAUUUACAUGAGCAGUACUCGAUUUUUUGAGAAUUUAUUUAUCUUUGAAAAGGCAACAUAUAUGAGGACUCACUGUCAGGGAUAGUUAGUUAUCAUUGAUUACUGGCCUGUUCUGUCAGAAAGACUAUUUAUGGCUGAAGAUCAUUUUUGCUAAGGCCUUUCAACAUUUUGUGUUUGUAACAAAACACUGGGACACAGUUUUCAUUUCGCCGUCAGUUUUUGUCCUUACAUUUUUACCCCUGUUUGAAUUUGUUCUUUGAUUCUCACUAUUGGUCACUGAGUGGAUCCAGGUUUUAUUUUGUAAAUGAAAGAGGUCUAAAA